AUGAGAGCAAAAACGAGAACGAGAGCGAAAACGAGAACGAGAGCGAAAACGAGAACGAGAGCGAGAUUAAACGAGAGCGAGAGAAAACGUGAGCGAGAGAAAACCAAGAGACAAAACGAGAGCGAGAGAGAGAGAAAACGAGAGCGAGAGAGAAAACGAGAGCGAGAGAACGAGAGCGAGAGAACGAGAACGAGAGAACGAGAACGAGAGCAAGCGCGAAAACGAGAGCAAGCGCGAAAACGAGAGCAAGCGCGAAAACGAGAGCAAAACGAGCGCGAGAACGAGAGAGCACGAGAACGAGAGAGAACGAUAAUGAGAGCGAGAGCGAACGAGAACGAGAGCGAACGAGAAAGAAUGAUAACGAGAGCGAGAGAGAAAACGAGAGCGAACGAGAACGAGAGCAAACGAGCGCGCGAACGAGACAAAAAGAGAAAGCGCAGUAACGAGAGAAAACGAGAGCGAACGAGAGAGAGCAAACGAGAGAGAGCAAACGAGCGCGAGCAAACGAGCGCGAGAAAACGAGCGCGAGAAAACGAGCGCGAGAAAACGAGCGCGAGAAAACGAGCGCGAGAAAACGAGCGCGAGAAAACGAGCGCGAGAAAACGAGCGCGAGAAAACGAGCGCGAGAAAACGAGCGCGAGAGAGAUCGAGAUAGAUCGAGAUAAAGCGAGAGCGAUCGAGAGCGAGAGCGAUCGAGAUCGAGAGCGAUCGAGAUCGAGAACGAAUGAAGGAAAGAAAGAGAGAGAAAAAGAGAAAGAGAAAGAGAGAGAGAGA